CCACAUUCAUUCAACUUCAUCGGAAGUGACUUGAUCAUUUUCUGAGUCAGAUGGACACCGCACAGUUCUUAUGAAGCCCUUCAAUAGCCUUGAUCGACAUCAUUAACUUUCCCUUUCGUUGGUCCUCAUUUCUUCCCACCUUCUUACACUUUUUGUUUCUGUCCUGGUGGCCCUUCGGACCUCCGCCUCAACUCCUCCCCACCGCCAACCAGUCUUUCACGAUAUUUCAUGUCUCAUAAAUCAUCAUGAACACCCCAGGCGAGGGCGAACAUGACAUUUCAGGGCUUAACGAAUCCCAAACCUCAGGUUCUCACCCAACUCCAGAUUCCCAAGGCAUCCCACUGAGGGUCAAGGAAAACACCGAUAUGCCACCCAACGAGCAGGUUAAUGCCGGUGACGAGUACGAUCCUGGUCCAGAAAAUGAUUAUGGCAUCAUCUCGAGCCAUCCACCCGAACUUGAGAAGAAAAAGAAACGAAAGAAGCACAAGAAACCAGCCAGCAAACGUGGACUCGGAGCCCCUACUGGUUUCGAGGAUUUCUUCGCCGACCCUCCUCUCACCCCUGAGCAGUAUGCUCAAAACAAAGAACUCUUUAACCCUGUUCUCCCCUUCUUCGACCGCAUCAUGACUGCCAUUGAACGCUUCCAGAGGACCCGUAAAAUGACUCCAGAACGCAACGAGAUCUUCCGAAAAUAUCUCACAUAUGGAGGAGUCAACACCGGUCCCACUGACUUCCAAAAGAAACAGGACACAAAUGGCAUGGACAAGAGCACUAUGGUGCAGAUCAGCAUCAACGCCGCCCUCGCUGAGGAGAAGCGAAACCUCAACUCCGAAACUAGCGUCUGGGUUGUUGACUUUCUCGGUUGUAUGAAAGGUUUUCUGUCUCGACACGGUCCAGACGUCGUCCGUCAUGGCUUUGAGAGUCGAACCGAUGUCGAGCUUGUCACUUCUACCCUAGAACGCUUCAUGGACUAUCUUCUUCAGCACGACGUCUGUGUCGAAUACCAAGCCGACGUCCUAGCCACCCGAAACUUCUGCCGUGAAGCUGUCUCGGAGUUGUGGGAUGUCGCACAAGCGAUUCGAAAACUCCCCGGCGACUUCAAUACUGCAUGCUCGACCCUAUUUGGAGGUAGCCAUGCCAACGACGAUGGCGAGGCCUGGUGGGGACCGGACGAGGCAGCCGCCAAAGAAGCUGGUUAUGUCGGCAUGAAACCGGACGAAGCCCGCCAGAUUCUACACUUUGGUGUCUCUGGCGCCGCCGACGAGGAAGUCUUUGCCCACUAUCUUGCGGCCGUCAACGGGUCCAAGUCACUCGAAGUCGUUUCCGUCACGGCACACACCGGUUUCGAGAUCACACGCAUCGAGUACCCCUCGGCAGAAUGCAAAGCCAUCUACACCACUCACUCAACCCACUUCCGACCCGUCGGCCGUGUCUUCGCCAAACCAUGGGCCGACCCAGAAGCACCGCCCGAGGACUUGACGGCCGCUGAGCGAGAAGAGCUCGAAAACCGCCCCAUCGACCCCGAUGUCUCUGACAACGAACAAGAAUACCUCUUCUUCGUCGAGUCCAUCUUACAAGGCUACCUGCGCAUCGGCACAAAGAUUCAAGCAACUGUCCAUACACUCAACUGCGGCAUCAUGUUUUUCGACGCUUGUCUCGCCAUCUUUCCCUCGUUUGACGUCUACUUGCCCAAUGAGCUGAUGGCUGGUUGGAAAGCUCCACGACCUCUUGAGGGUGCAUUCGACUAUGAAAGUCCAGUUGAGGUUGAUCCCACAGCUGGAGAUGAUCAUGGUCGUGGUGAUGGUGAUGGUGAUGGUGAGGAAGACUAUGUUAAUGUUGUUGCCGGGGCUGAUGAUGACGAUGGCGAUGCUGCAUUCGACGAGAAAUGAAUCGAAAUGUACUGAAACCAAUGAACAGAAUGGGA